GAUAUACGAGACUGCCACAAGGGUUUAAACACUCCCCACACAUUUUCAAUCAGGUCCUCAAAGCAGACUUAGAGGAGCUUGUCCUGGAGGGAACACUACUUCAGUAUGUCGAUGACCUACUGAUAUGUGCUCCCACCUUGGAACAAUGCCAUGCAGAUUCCAUAAAGGUGUUGCAAAGAUUAGCUGAGGGGGGUCACAAAGUGUCACGAAAGAAGCUCCAAUAUUGUCAGACAGAAGUUGAAUAUCUGGGAAGAACCAUCGCUCACCAGACAAAAGCCAUCUCCCCAACUCAGUUAGAAGGACUGAGUAGUGCACCACUUCCCCAAACAGUGAGUCAAAUGAUGACAUUCUUAGGAAUGACAGGGUUCAGUUCUGAUUGGAUAGAGGACUAUGCCCUUAAGGUUUCUCCUCUCAGGGGGCUUCUGAAAGAGGUGGGACAGCAGCAGCUCAGUGCCAAGUUGCACUGGAACUGUGAUGCUUUGGCAGCUUUUGAAACCAUUAAACAGGAUAUGCAGUCUGCUCCCGCUCUAGGAACACCUGACUACACGAAACCAUUCUUGUUGUAUGUUGCCAACAGGGCCGAGGGAUACGCUUCAGCAGUAUUAAUGCAGGACACGUGUAGUGGCAGGAGGAAACAACCCAUAGCGUAUUACAGCACGAAACUUGACUCAGUAGCACAAGGGUAUCCACCCUGCUAUCAAGGUCUUGCAGCGGUUCAAUAUGCAUAUGACAAAGCAUCCACCAUCACCAUGGGCUACCCAGUAAUUAUUCACACCCAUCAUAAAGUAACGGAGCUGAUAGAGCAUGGAAAGUUUGUAUUGACUAAUGCUAGACUUCUUGACUACUUGCCUUUGUUGACUUACCCUGACAUCACCAUUAAGAAAUGCACCACUGUAAAUCCAGCAGAAAGAAUUCCCCUGGAAUUUGAGGGAGAGCCUCAUGACUGUGUGGCCGAGUCAUUAACCUUUACCAGACUUCGACCCGACCUUCUCUCACUCCCCAUUCCGGGGGCAGAGGAAGAGUUAUUUGUGGAUGGUUCCUGUUACAGAGACAUAGACGGCAAUCACGCAGGAUUUGCUGUGGUCAGGAUGGACUCUCAGGGUCAAUUUCACACGAUCGUAAGUCAAACCUGUCCGCAACCGUGUUCUGCUCAACUAGCUGAACUCAAAGCGUUGACAGCUGCAUGCAGAGAAGGGGAGGGUAAAGUAGCUAACAUUUACACAGACUCUGCUUAUGCACACGGGGUAUGCCAUCUAUUUGGGGCUGUGUGGAAGCAAAGGGGCUUUAAGAAAACUGAUGGCUCACCGAUUCUGCAUCAUGAGCACAUCCAAGAUCUGAUGGGUUCGCUGUUGCUCCCACGCCAGGUAGCUAUCAUUAAAUGUCAGGCACAUAGGAAAGGCAACAACUACAUAAUUCAGGGUAAUAACGCUGUUGAUGAGGCCGCUAAACUAGCAUCUAAGUGUCAUUCAGCUAUCCUAGCUCCCUUGAUAUUGGUUGAGGCAGCACCUGUCAUGUCUGAUGUGAUUCGCAUGCAAGAAAUGGCCAAUGUGUAUGAGAAACAGUUGUGGCUACAGAGGGGUGCUACCACUGAUGCUGCAGGCUUGUGGCGGACCCAUACGGUGCCUGUGCUUCGAGGCCCCCAUGAAGGGCCUCCGCUGGAGCAGUUGGAACUGGAAUUCAGAGAAUAUAUCAGACAACUAACUACUAUACAUGAGCUCAUUCACAAACAGGAAAAGGCGCGGGUCCCGGAGCCCGAGGACGAUCAGCCAAGGGCGGUGGUUCCAGGAGACCAGGUCUACAUCAAGGUCUGCAGGAGGAGGUGGAACGAGCCAAGGAGAGAAGGCCCCUACAGAGUGACCCAGGCCACGACGACAGCAGUACGCGUAGAGGGCAGCGACACCUGGUAUCACCUCAACCACUGCACCAAGGUUCCACAAGGAGUGGGACAACAUGAGGAGGAUGAGAAUGCUGAUCUUCCAGGCGGGAGUGAAAGCCAAGAGGGGGAAGGCGUGGCACCCUCAGCACCAGAGGAACUGGUACCUCAGCCGGAGAAGUCUGAGCCCAGCAGGGAGAAACCAGACGUGGGAGUGGAGAAUGCUCAUGCUCAGUCUGCUGUUGACAGCUCUGGGGCUAUGGUCUGUGUUACAGAUUCCAGGGGAGAAUGUACAAACCACAACGGAGCAGAUCCUGCAAUUGGUGCCACCACAGAAGAGACCUAA